AUGAGCAAGCUAAAGAUCGCUGUUCUAAUCAACACCCCACCAGAUGGCACAGACUUCCAGUCAGUGGUGCAAGAGUGCUUCAAAGAAGCCUUCGCAUCGAUUGCUCCGACAGCGGAGAUCAAUUUUUACGACCCUGUCGUGGAGCGCAAGUUUCCUGAUGCGUCAAAAUACAACCUAGUAGUUCUGAGUGGUGGCAAGAUAGAUGCCGCCUGCUCGGAGCCCUGGGUUUUGGAGGUAUUGGAUUAUGUUCGUAUCACUGCGCGAGAUGUUCCUAAGACCAAGAUACUUGGUAUUUGCUGGGGGCAUCAAGCAGUAUCCAGGGCAUUCGGUGGUCAGGUUCGAGCUGUUCCCACUGGAGAAAUUACUGCGAUCGAAGAUAUUCGCCUCACAGAGGCCGGCAAGAAGUUCUUUCCAUUUGCCAUGUCCUCCGGAUCCUACAGAGCAAUAGAGCUUCACAGCGGCGAGGUUGACACCCCGCCACCCAGCUUCAUUUCCCUCGCUGUGAAUCAAGAGUGCUUCGUCAACGAUGCAAACAAUGUUCUCACAUUCCAAGCGCAUCCCGAAAUUUCUCAUGAGCUGGCUAGGAAGAUAAUAUUAGAAGAAGACAAGAAACAUAACAGAAAUUCCUCCGCAAAGGAAUUGGGAAUAGACCAGCCCACUGAGGGGCUCAAAUUGCUCGAGAGAGUUUUGCAAUGGCUGGCUGAAUAG